ACCUUCUUUGCUAUACAGAGUUGACAUACUACUUGCACCUCCACCCGCACUUGCAUUGAGAGAAUCAAUUUCCCCCGCAAUUCGACGUCUUGAGACGGAUACCAGUUUAUACUUUACCCCGCAAAACACACUACCUAAGCUUGUACCGGUAUCUCGACAAAAGCUGUUACCUACACUCGUUCUCUCUACAAGCAAAAAAAAGCAAUUUAUAACAACAGCUUCAACAAGCCAAACCAUGGCGUCCAUGAAGAAAGCACCCAGCCAAGAGGAAAUUGCAAACACGCUCGGCAACCUCGAAAUCUCCACCUCGCACCCGCAAAAGACUGCGCAAAAGCCAAAGUCCAAGCCCGUAGCAGACAGCUGGGAUCUAGACGACGACGCCCAAAGCGGCUCCGAUACGGAAACCGAACAAGUCACGACAUCAAAAAACAAAGCAGAUUCCCCCCACGAGGCUCUCCAACCAAUCUCCACCACCGACUCGCGCGACCUGCCACCGAACCCCCCACCACCAACGCCCGCUUCGCCCACGCAGUUUGAAUACCCGGAUACGACUGCGCCGUAUAGCCUCAGCAGCGAGGGGCCAAGGAGUCGUGGGGCGGGUAGUCCAGAUAAGAGGCCCGAGAAGACGACGGCGGUUGCAGGGAGGCUUAUUGCGGGCGCGUUGGGGGUCAGAGCACCGAAGAGGACAGAUGAGGAGAGGGAGUAUGAUCGUGUUAUGAGGGAUAAGGAGAGGAAGCGGAGGGCCGAGGAGAGGGAGAGGGAGAAGAGGGAGACGGAGGCUAGGGAGGCGAGAAAGAAGGCUGUUUGGGAUGAUUAG